AUGGAUCCCGAGAGAACGGACGGGGAGCCAUUGCCGCAGGCUGUGAAAGCUCUAUCCGAGAAGGAUACUCACGACGUUCAUGACAGCGGGGGAUCAGAUGUCAUCAAUGGCCAUCUCAUCGAGCUCGAGGUAGACUUGUCGCGGGUCAUCGGCGAGGAUGAAAUUGAAGGCGACUGGGAUGCUGAUACAAGCCCCUUCCCGGCUGUCCGCGCUGUCGUCCCCGAGACGGACGACAGCGCGAUGCCCGUCAAUACCUUCAGGGCUUGGUUCCUUGGCAUCGUUUUUGUUUUCCUCGGGGCUGGUGUCAACCAAUUCUUCGGGUUACGCUACCCGGGCGUCCACAUUGUGUCCUUGGUUGCGGAGUUGAUCGCCUACCCUAUAGGUGUCUUUCUUGCCCAUCUAAUGCCCAUCAGCCGCCUCAACCCGGACAGACAUUUCAACAUCAAAGAACACGCCCUUGUCACCAUCAUGUCUAAUGUGUCUUUUGGCUUUGGAUCCGCCGAUGCUACCAACAUCAUUCAAGCAGCCAAACUGUACGGCUUCACUUUGCAGACUGGUUUUAGUGUUAUGGUCGUGCUUUGUUGCCAACUCCUAGGCUAUGGUGUUGCAGGGUUGAGCGCCAGGUGGCUUGUUGAACCGGCGAGUAUGAUCUGGCCGGGUGUGCUAAGCAAUGUUGCCCUGCUAACCUCGCUUCACUCAAGAGCUAAUGCGGUGGCCGACGGAUGGAAGAUUACACGUAUCAGGUUCUUCAUGGUCGUGGGAGGAUGCGCAUUCGUCUGGUACUGGCUCCCAGGUCUGAUGUGGACAGGACUCUCCUACUUUACCUGGAUAUGCUGGAUCGUCCCCGAUCGUGUCGUGAUUAACCAAAUUUUCGGGAUGGUGACCGGAAUGGGGCUCUUCCCUCUGACGUUGGACUGGUCGAUGGUCGCUUACAAUACGAACCCCUUGCUGAGCCCCCACUGGGCAGCCGCCAACGUCUUCUUCGGCUUUGCGCUGUUCUUCUGGGUCGUCACCCCUGCUCUUUACUAUACCAACACCUGGUUUACCGCAUUCCUGCCCUUCUGCACCGCAGAUGUGUAUGAUCGGUUCGGAGAAGUCUAUGACUCGACCAAGGUAAUUACUGGACAAUUCUUUGACGAGGCCAAAUACAAAGACUACUCGCCUCCAUACCUGCCCGCCACCUUUGCCUUUGUUUAUGGGCUGUCAUUCGCAUCGAUCACAUCUGUCCUAUCGCACGUCUACUUCUUCCACUGGAAUGAGAUCGUGCACGCAUUUCGAGGCUCAACGAAGCUCGAUGUUCACUCAAGAAUGAUGAGGGCCUACAAGAGGGUGCCCGCCUGGUGGUUCCUAUCCAUCAUUGUCAUUGUUCUCGCUAUGUCAAUCGCGAUGACUGAGGUGUACCAUACCGGACUCCCGGUCUACGGUAUCUUUCUCGCCUUUAUCAUUCCUGCGGUUUAUAUGAUACCAUGUGGCAUGAUUCAAGGCGUGACAAACGUGGAUGCCAACCAGGUCAACGUCUUGUCAGAAUUCAUUGGGGGCUACAUGUUCCAGGGAAAGCCCAUAGCCAACAUAUUGUUCAAGAUCCUCUCCACAGAUGUUGUUGGUCAAGGUCUAUACUUCGCGUCUGAUAUGAAGCUUGCGCACUAUCUCAAGAUUCCCUCGAGGACUCUUUUCUUUGCCCAGGGUAUCGCGACUAUCCUAGGGGCUUUAACUCAGGUCGGUGUGACCCUCUGGAUGCUGGGAAAUGUCGAAGGCAUCUGCACCGACGACCAGCCAAACGGCUUCACUUGUCCAAAUGGACUUACGGUUUACUCUUCCUCCAUCAUAUGGGGCCUGAUUGGCCCAGGUCGCCUCUAUUCUGUCGGUAGAAUUUAUUCGGGUCUAUUGCACUUUUUCUGGAUAGGCCUCAUCUUGCCGCCAAUCACGUAUUACAUUUUCAAGAAGACAAAGUCUGAAUUUGUUCGCAAGAUCAAUUGGCCACUGAUUUUCUAUAAUUAUGUCCUUGCUGCUGCUUUGGACACGGGACUUGCCAUUUCUGGCAUUGUAAUAUUUUUUGCCAUCACAUAUGGGCCAAACAUCCAAUUUCCCGAUUGGUGGGGCAACACAGUUUGGCAAAACACGGCGGAUGGUCUUGGGACACCUUGGCUGCAGAUGCCAUCAGUUGGGUAUUUCGGCGGCGCCAACGGAACCUGGGCAUGA